AUGGACAGUGAAGUGGAAGCAAUGAACAUGAGCCUUGACAGUCCUCUGAGUCCCAGGCACCUGACUGGCUUGGGGAUGAACUGUCCCCUCGGACAAAAAUUCCAACACUCCGGGCCCGGCCUCACCAGUCCUCAGGAGUUCAACCAGUGGCUGCCUUGUCGCCAUGACGCCAGCCUGCAUCCCAUGAAAGAAGACCUGGCUUCCUGGCUCAACACCAUCAUGGGUGUGGACGUCACUGCGGAUGAUCUGAUGGAAAGUUUGGACAACGGCGUCGUACUCUGUCAGCUCGCACAGCUGCUCCAGGAGAAGAUGAUGCACACAAACAACGGCAAGCCUUUAGUAAGAAGAGUGAUCCACUGGCGAGCUAAUGCGUCUUCUGGAUCUUUCUUUGCCCGAGACAACACCGCCAACUUCCUCUACUGGUGUCGAAAGAUUGGCAUUGACGAGGCUUACCUUUUUGAGUCAGAGGAUUUGGUCCUCCACAAGCAGCCUCGAGAGGUGUGCCUGUGCCUGAUGGAGCUAGGAAGGAUUGCAUCCAGGUACGGCAUGGAGCCUCCAGGGCUGGUGAAGUUGGAGAGAGAGAUCGAGAGGGAGGAGGCGGGGUGCUUAUCUCCAUCAUCCCCUCCGCACUUCUCCUUUUUUCCUCCAAUACCAGUGUAUUCACCCUCCCAAUCGCCCCUACCCCCGGCCCCCUCUCCUCCUCCUCCUCCUCCUCCUCUCCCACCUGCGCCCCUCACUCCAAGCACAGCCUGUCUGUUUGAACCCCUCGCUGCCUCCAUCGCCUCUGAUCUUCCAUCAGCCACAACACCUACGUGUUCAUCCCCUCCCCAGUCCUCCCUCACAGCCUCUAACCCCGGCACCACCACGGCCUCAACACAAACACCUUUGUUCUCUUCAUCCUGCACCACUAACACACCAGCUUCAGUCCUCUCGUCAGGCCAAAACCUGCCAUCCACUCCCGAGGCGUCCUUUUCCGCAAUAAACAAGCGCUCUCCCGCUGCUACACCUCCCAUCACCUCCCCACCUGCAGCAGCCGCUCGUUCCUGCGGCAGAUCCACGAGUCGGAGGAGCACAGGCACCAGCAACAUUGUGGAAGACAUUGUGAGAAACAUUAUUGAAAACCCCCCCUGCAGCUGUCCCACCAGCUUCCUGGUUGAGAAGCAACCCAAAGGCUGCUAUCGUGUUGGGGAGAAAGUUCUGUACAUACGGAUGCUGAAUGAGCGUCACGUGAUGGUACGUGUAGGCGGCGGCUGGGAGACCUUCACAAGUUACCUGCAGAAGCACGACCCCUGCAGAGGAGGAGGUCAGGGCAGCAGGUCUGAGGGCAGGUUCUGCAGGGACAAAGCGAAGCCGCUCAGUUUGAGCAUCUCACCUGACAGCUACAUGGUGGUUGGUGCCCACUACCGGAGCAAGAGGUAG